AUGGCACCGAGUGAGAUUGACUUUUAUAACGUUCUUGGAAUCACCAGGUACGCGACAGAGGAUGAGAUAAAGAAAGCUUUCAGGAAAGCUGCCCCUUCAUGUUGCAUUUUAGAUGUGCUAAUUUGCCCCUCAGCCAAGGAUACGCAUCCGGAUAAGAACCCCGGUGACCCUUUAGCUAAGGAAAAAUUCCAGGAUCUCCAGAGGGCGCAUGAUACCUUAAAAGAUAACCUCGAACGAGCAAGGUACGACGAGGAUAAUCCUUCUCACGGAUAUCCCGAUGGUAAAUUCCCACAACACAACAAGACUAAAUCGUCAACUGCGAAGAGAUACGCCACCACUGCACAGCCUCAAUGGGGACCUCCUCCUCCGAGCACCUCCAGUUCCAGGGGAUUUGCCCACCAACAAGGAGCUCGAGCGAGCGCUUACAAGGCUACUUACGGUGGGCAUCCUGAAGGAUCCUAUCGGAAGGCUCGUUCUGGCUAUGAGUAUACCAGCUCCUCCUAUAGGUCAACCGCAGGCCAUGACGAUGGUUAUGAAUUUUACGAACAUAGGUAUCGUCCGGAGUCCAGAGAUUAUGAUAGAAGCUCUUCAAGUCGGACGGGCACCCGCCAAUCUACAACUACUCCUAACAGUAGUGCUAAAACUGCCUCAUCAUCCUCACCCCGUACGAGACCCAGUUCUACUCCUGAUCUACCGCGAACAGAUUCGGCUGCACCAACACCCGAGUUCAAUUUGGGUGCCUAUAUCAAGGAGCGCAGAGCUAGAGAGGCUGCUGCUGAGGCAGAGGCCGAGCAGAAAAGGCAGAAAGAGGAGGAAGAAGCCAUCCGAGCCAGACGGGCAGAGAUGGAGGAACAUGCAAAGAGAGCGGAAAGACUGAGGAAGGACGAGGAGAGGGCAAAUAAGGAGCGUGAGAGGAUAAAGGCUGAAAUGGAGGCUAGGAAGGCGGAAGCAGAAGCAGAAGCAGCCAGAAUCAGGAGACAGUGGGGCGAGACCAAUAAGCACCAUUCUAGAAACGUAUAUGACCAUGAAGACACACCUCCCGCCUUCCUAUUCCCUUCUGCCGAAGAGGAUUUGGAGAAGAAGGUGGACGAAGAACUUCGUACGAAGACUAAGAGUGCAGCCUCCUCUACUUCCAGGCAGAAGUCAAAACAAUCUCCCACAAAGCCAAGGCAUCAGCGCUCGCAUGAGCCUAAUAUCAAUGGGUAUGCUGAUGGCUGGAAUAAACAGGGAAAUAACAGCGACAAUCCGGGCGGCUUUGCUUAUCCAUUUCCCCAGGAUGAAGACGACAACGAGCAUUUUAUGGACAAGAUGCGGAGAAGGGAAAAGGAAAGGGUGGCUACAGAGAAACAGCGAGAGACUAACUCUGGGCAAUGGGAAAACCCUUCUCGCGAAAAUGACUUAAGGACCCAUAGUAGGACCAAGAGCGAUCCAAGACCUCCCGGAAGGCGGGGAUCGUUCACUCAGCCAGAAACAGUAGGGGCUUCUUCCCCGCCUUUGCCGCGAGCUGAGCCAGAGAGACAAAGCCCUCGUAUUGCGUCUCCGAAGCCGAGACGUACUGACUCUCAGUUUCGCUUCAAAUUCGAUCCAAUUCCGGAUGGCCCAACCAGAAAAGACCCACACCGCACCCCCGUUACACCAAUAGGGCAGGAGAGCCCGCUUAGCAAACCUCCUGAUUUCCAAUUUUUCGGUCAUGAGCCCCAGAUCGAUCCCUUCAAUUACACUACUCCCGAAGAGCUUUUCCCUCCAAAGCAGUCUUUUGCUCGCCCUCAAAGUCAACCUGUGUAUCCCACUCAGCCCCAACACGUACCCGUCCCCCGACAGACCCCCCAGCCUCACACCCAGCAGCAACACCAGGCGCGACAGCCGCCCGAUGUUCAACAAUUCAAAGAAGCUCUCUGGGAUACCUUAAUAAAGACCACUGAAGCAUUCGCUUUUCGACAGGAGGUCCCGGCGGCAGCGCUAGGCAGUCCCAAGAAGAAGGUAAGCGGUUCAAGCAUUAGCAAAGGAAAGGGCAAAGGGAGGGGAUCCGUUGCCCCGGACCCUAUCAAUAUUCCGACCCAUAACCAUACGAGCGAAGCCGUAGACAUUUUACGGAAAGGGGCUCAUAUGGGACAGUGA